CCUGGGUGCGGACGGCGCCGAGACCCGGCGACCUGCGCCCGCUGCUGGGGAGUGCGGGCGCUAACGGUGGCGGGGAGCGGAGCGGGCGCAUGGUGGCGGCGUCGGGCGGCGGCGGCGGCAGCGGCCUCCGGUGCUCGCUGCGCGUCUGGGUGCUGCUGGCCACCCUGGGCCUCCUCUUCCUCACCUCGCUGCUCUUCUCGCUCUCGCUGCGCGGCGGCGCCUCCGCGCUGCCCUACCUGGACGCCCCGGGCUGGGAGGAGGCCCGGCGGGUCAAGCUGGUGCCCAACUACGUGGGCGCGCACCGGCCCGGCCCGCCGGACAGCGCCCAGCAGAAGACCUGCGCCUGCCCGCGCUGCGUGGCCGACCCCGGCGUGUCCGACUGGUUCGACGAGAACUACGACCCCGACAUCUCGCCCGUGUGGACGCGGGACAACGUCCAGCUGCCCUCGGACGUCUACUACUGGUGGGUGAUGCUGCAGCCUCAGUUUAAGCCCCACAGCAUUCAGCAGGUGUUGCUGCGGCUCUUCCAGGUGAUCCCGGGCCGUUCCCCCUACGGCUCCUGGGACCCGAGCCGCUGCCUCCGCUGCGCCGUGGUGGGGAAUUCUGGGAACCUGCGCGGAGCGGGCUACGGGCCGCUCAUCGACAAGCACAACUACAUCAUGAGGAUAAACCUGGCCCCCACCGUGGGCUUUGAGGAGGACGUGGGUGGCCGCACCAGCCACCACUUCAUGUACCCAGAGAGCGCCAAGAACCUGGCGGCCAACGUGAGCUUCGUCCUGGUGCCCUUCAAGACGCUGGACCUGCUGUGGAUCACCAGCGCUCUCUCCACUGGGCAGAUCCGCUUUACCUACGCUCCUGUGAAGCAGUUUCUGCGAGUGGACAAGGACAAGGUUCAGAUCUUCAACCCGGCGUUCUUCAAGUACAUCCACGACCGCUGGACUCGCCACCACGGCCGCUACCCUUCCACGGGCAUGCUGGUCCUGUUCUUCGCUCUGCAUGUGUGUGAUGAGGUGAAUGUAUUUGGCUUCGGCGCCGACAGCCGAGGAAACUGGCACCACUACUGGGAGCAGAACCGCUAUUCCGGAGAGUUCCGCAAGACGGGGGUCCACGACGCCGAUUACGAGGCCCAGAUCAUUGACUCUCUGGCCAAGGCCGGCAAGAUCACCGUCUUCCCUGGGAAAUGAUUACCAAAGGGGUUGGAGACGAGGAGAGUGGAAGAACUGAGGGAGGUCGACCCACCUACUCGUACACUUAUCGUAAAAGUGUAUCUGCUACCACUCACCAGACUGUUGCUUCAUCCACCAGACUGUGUCUUGAUGAGUUGAUGUUGUGUGUACUUUGGGACUGACAGAGCUCCUCUAACUGUUGAAUCAGGACUAAGUGACCCGUCUGUCCUGCCCUCUGCGUGCAGACAGUAGCCUACUCUCCUUUGAUUGCCGGUGGGCUUUUUUUCGGCUUACUUAAGACUCUCGAGAGGACAUGGACCAGACUGUGGCGAUCCCACUCCCACUCCUCUCUUGACCACUUCCAGUUCUGUGGACGUUAAUCACACGUAAACAUGGACAAAGAGGGAGGACCACCACCACCACCACCACCACCUACCCACCGCCUCCACGCCUCUCCCGUUGAGCCCUGAUCAGUUGGCGGGGCGAUGAGUGGAGCAGCAGACCGAUCAUGCGCCUUAGAAUCUCCCAAACCACCACUGAGUUGCUAAGAGGGCAGCUAGCGAUUAGCACUAGGCUGCCACUGCUACAGUACCUCUGGCUCCAGCACAGCUGCAGUGAGGACUCGCGCUCCUCUGAUUACUGAUGGUCGGCCAAGAGGAGCCAGUGAAAUCAAGUUUACAUGCCCUUAUACGGAGACAGUGUUUCCCCACAAAGUAGCUCAUUUUUCUGUUCUUUUUCUGUCCCUCUUGUGUUCCGUCAUAGACGAGCAUAAAUGACACUAUCUGCUUACAGGGAUAUUAUUAGCUUAACCAGUGAUUUUUAGUGGUUGGCCAUUUUUCUUUUAUUGACGGGACUGACUAAUUAUCCAGCUGAAAUCAGUGAAGGGGAGAAGAAUGCAGAGCUCCUGCGAGACUUCACCUUCACGCACCUGCGAAAACAGUUCUAAUACACAAACCACUCGCUCUCAUACGCUCACUAAAUGUCGUCGCACAGCACAUAAGGGUGUCCUCAUGAGCAUCAGCCGCGGUGUCUAUUAUCAUAGAAACAAAGCAGUCUGCUCUGCGUAGGUGAGCACCAAGGCUUGAGUGCACAGAACAAGCUGCAGCGUACAGACACUCAAAAUAACAAAAAAAAAUAGUACCAGCCUGUGCGCUGCCACCUGCUGCCUAUAGUGCGAAACAACACCUCCGGAUUUGUCUGAGCCGUGUUGUCUGUAGCUGACAAAUCUGAUGUUGGAUACCGUUGAAAUGAGAUGACGUCCAUAAAUCCUAAAUAAAUGCCAUUACAAAAGCUGUUAGGACUGGGGGAACGAAAUGUUCCACCCAUAUGUCAGCUUAAGUCAAGGUAGUGGGGGGGGGGGGGCAUGUGGUUUGACCAUAGCAACUCCAGGUGCCAUGAUUCUCAACCUGUGAUUUUUAUUUGUCUGUAUUUUUGGUUGUUCUUUACUGCUAUUAUUAAGAUUACUGAAAUGUUAUUUGCACAUUAGUCCUGCUAGGAUAGAUGACAACGGUCUGGCAAUGGUAUUCUCGGAUCAGACAGAAUCCAAACACACAAUAUUAUGAGUACUUAAACUUAUAGGAGUUAUUAAUACAGUGUAUCAGCCAUGUGUUAAGAUACUAACCUAUUGGAUAUGUCAAGUGCAUGCAUGGCCUUGAGAUUUAAAUGGUAAAAGAUCUGAUCACGGCCAAAGCACAAGUGGUAUUUUAGUUGUUUAUGGUGUUAUCAUUAUGUGUACAAUGAUUUAUUUUUGGGUUGAAUCUAAGAACAAAGAAUGUGAAAGAGAGGGAGAGAUAACUGAUCAUCUUUUAUUUUUCUAGGCCCUAUCAAACUCUUCAAAAUAUUCAGGUUCAGCAUUAAUCCCUUUUGUCAUAUGAAAUGAACACAUAUCAGUUAACUACAGUUGUGUGGGCACACGUGUGCACACAUAUACAUACGCUUGCGUGCCUUGUUCUAGCUCCUUGUUAACAGUAGCCCUCUCUUCAACGAGUCUUGAACUCACCCCCCAUUCAAGUUCGAGUUUAACUGAGCCAUACAAACACACAAGCAUGCUCUCUCUGUACGGCCCCAUUAGUAGAAUCUGUGCACUGUUUAUUGGUUCAUAUAAGGGUUCAUUAUCAGAAAGGGGGGGAAAUAUCCAUGUGAGGCCGUUUGAGGUGCAGUCUGGCCUCCCCCUGAUAGUCAUCUACUCUCAUACGCACUGACCUUUAGAGGGCUUCACAGACCACUAUGAAGGACAAAACCACAGCCUUUCCCUCGCUUUUUAGUCCAUCCCCACCUUUUGGAUAAAGCAUCCCCUCUCAUCUUGGCCGAGCCGAGUGCCUUGCCUCCACUUGUCGGCCUGGAUGACAGUUGACUAGUCUGGUACAGAUCAGCGCUAGAACUGGGGCCGAGCCAAGCUAGAACCAGCUCUGACAUCUGUGGUGUGUGUUACACACACACACACACACACACACACACACACACACACACACACACACACACACACACACAUACACACACACCAGACAUGUUUCCACACAUGCUGGGAGAGACUGAAGAAAAAGUGACCCACAAGCAAAGGAAUGUCAACACUUUGGCUUCAUGUAAAAACCAGUUAGUGACACCAUAGCAACUCUAGCUAUGGGCUCGUCUCAAGCAUAAAACAUUGUGUUGCCAUGGUGAGGCUUACCUGUUGCUUUUUAGCUGAAACGCUAUUUGUGGAGGGUGACCGAGGGGCUCAGGUACUCUAAUUACUGUAGAUCAUUUUCCCUGCUAUAAAUGUAUAAACUGGGCAGGUUAAUAGUCUUGUUGAAGUCUAUGUAAAAUGCAUGAUCCUGCCUCCCCAAAAUUAGAUCAUGACUGGACAUCAGAAAUGAAAAGGCUUUUGCGGUUAAUCCUAUAUUAACAGAACAAACCGCUUUCAUGGACUGAUCCUAUUUUGGUACCAGCACAUAUAUAUAUUUAGGGAAUAUGUUAUCUACAAGAAUAAAAUUCUAAACAUGUUUCAUCUUAUUCAUAUUCUUACAUUCUGAUCCUUUAUCCAUUAUAGUUGCACACACACACACAUUUUUAAUUGGCCAGUUACGUUUGGGAAUCACUUACUUGUGCCUGUCUUCUUCAGAUGAAGGAGCCCUCCAGUCAGAAUAGCAACAAAAACGUAGUCAGAUGAUGAGAAGCCUCGAUCAGGGUCCUUUGAUUAUUCUUUCCUUUCCUUUCUGUCUGCUCGCGCCAUUGGGGUUCAAAUGGACAUCUUCUAAUCAAGAGGAUCAUUCCUCAUGAUGGCAUCCACCGACAACACAGACUGUACAUAUCCUCCCAGUCACCGUUAAUAAUAAUAAUGAUGAUGAUGAUGUUAUUACUGCUCUUAACGAUAGUCCUCAUUAGUGCUCUAGUGACUUAAUCAAGUCAGUGCUCUCACCAUCCCUCUCUUCAAAACCUCAAUCUUCAUCGCAGUGUGAUUUAGGACUGUUUUUAUCUCAUGCUAUUGUACAAAAAUAAAAGCAAAAUGGAAACAACACUCAUGUUUAAUUUUUUACAUUGGUUGCAUCACUAAUGCUUAGUUUCUCAAUUUUAUUAAUACUCCUUUUAGUCAGUGGACAAAAGCAUC